GUGGCAGAGCUGGAGCGGUGUUCGUCAGACUGUGAGACAUCUGUGGUGAAAGGUGGCAGAGCUGGAGCGGUGGCAGAGACAUCUGGGAGCUGGAGCGGUGUUCGUCAGACCGUGGCAGAGCUGGAUCGGUGUUCGUCAGACUGUGAGACAUCUGUGGUGAAAGGUGGCAGAGCUGGAUCGUGUUCGCGGUGUGUGGUGAAGGUGGCAGAGCUGGAGCGGUGUUCGUCAGACUGUACGGACCCAGCCACAGACCUGCGUGGUACAGGUUUCCUGGGGCUGAUGCAUGCCUUGUACCUGGUAAUGGACCCUGAGACGCUGCCUUUAGCCAGAGACAUCUUCAAACUGUCCCAGCACCCCACACAGAACUUUCCUUUCUGUGUGAUGUCCAUCAAUAUGACCUGUAUCGCCCUGCAUGCACUCAGAGAAGAGGCCCUCUCCAAGGAGUGUAACCGUCGACAGCAGGUAGUGGGGGUGUUGAAUGAGUUCUACGUUGCCACGUUCCUGCACCUCUACCAGCUGUGGAAGAGCCAGCAGAAGACCAUCUCUGACUCCGGCUUCGUCCUGAAAGAAGUUGAGCUGUUUGCCAAAAAGAACCCCAAGCAGAUGCUGCGUCGACUGGACGUCUUCUUGAGGGAGAGGAGGUACCCGGACCCCACGGCCCAGCGACCCUCACCCUGCCUGGGGGGGAGAGGGGCCAGGUCUGAGGGAACCAGGGGCAAGGAGAUGCACUUCACUGGAGUGUGUGAGCUACCACUAAACAUGGAGGGAGAGGCCAGGCUCAUCUGACACACAGAGAGUCUGUGUGUACGGCUAGACUAGUCUGAGCUAGAAAGAGAGUGUGUUUGUGUCAGUUGUGUGUGUAGGGACCCCACCAAGCUUUGACCCACUCCCUGCGGUCCUUUUCCAUUGAUGCUGUAAAACUGCUGUCAGAACAGUUUGUAUGGAGCCACUGACUCCUCUCCCAACAGAAGUACUUGUCGGUGUGGCAUGGGACUGAUGGAUGAAUAGAAGAUGUCAUUAAAUAGAGAGAGAGAAUGAAAGGUUAGCGUUUCCAAGGACUGGUGUGGGUGCAGGCUUUGCUCCAGACAAGCAGUAGCACACCUGAUUCUACUAAUCAUCCAAUCAUAGUUGGUUUAUUGAGGCCAAAUCAGAAGCUGCCAAACCCCAGGGCUUCUAUCUGUCUGCAGCCCUAGUAGAGUUUUGGAAGGGUGUAGGGUCAUUGACUGUCUUCUACUGUCAGCAGAACUGUGUGUGCAUGCACUUGGUAUGGAGAUUAAGGUGUGUGUUGGCUAUAGGGAGUUGGAACAGUGAGGCCUGUGUUUCUGUAUGUUGUCAGGUCGAUAUGUGUGUGUCUGGGUUCGGAUGGUUCAUGUUCCAGUGCAGGUUAAAUAGGCUUGUGUGUGUGUGUGUGUGUCUGGUCUCGGAUGGUUCCUGUCUGUCCCAGUGCAGGCUAAAUAGGCUGAUGUGUGUGUGUCUGGGCUCGGAUGGUUCCCGUCCCAGUGCAGGUUAAAUAGGCUGAUGUGUGUGUGUCUGGGCUCGGAUGGUUCCCGUCCCAGUGCAGGUUAAAUAGGCUGAUGUGUGUGUGUCUGGUCUCGGAUGGUUUCUGUCUCAGUCCCAGUGCAGGUUAAAUGGGCUGAUGUGUGUGUGUCUGGUCUCGGAUGGUUCCUGUCUGUCCCAGUGCAGAUUAAAUAGGCUGAUGUGUGCGUGUCUGGGCUCGGAUGGUUCCCGUCCCAGUGCAGGUUAAAUAGGCCCAGAGCCCCUAGUUGUUUGGGGGAUAUAUUUUUUAAUAAUUGAAAAACUAUUUUAGUCCUUUCUUAAGGGAUAGAUGCCAUAACAAUACAUGAAAUGAUACUGUAUAUGAAAAUGAUAUAUUAUAUUAUGGAUAUAGCACUUGAUGAUAGUGGCAGAAUGAGAGGGACUUCUUCUGCUAAGAAACUCAGGAAGACUGUUCAAAUGAUUCCCUGUUCCCUGUAUAGAGUUCUACUGUUGACCAUCUUCCCUGUAGUGAAUGAGAACAUUGAAAGGUGUGUCUCUAUGAAGGUGCAAAGUAAGCAAUCCCAACUCUGUCCAAGAUCACAAUAAUAAUGGUGUGUGUGUGUGUGUGUGAUGGUACAGCAUGACAGGGGAGCGUACCUCUGCAGUCACAAUCAGUAGCAUGUUGAGGUAGCACCGGUACUGGAGCUUCCUUGUUGUUUUACCUUCCUUGUAACGCUUGUUUCUCUUGGUCAUGUGGUCUGAUUUACAGUCUUUAGCGUUGGUGCUGUUACUGCAGUACAUUCACAACAUCCCCUCUACAACAGACAUGUAGUUAGUAGAGCUACUCAGUGGAUCCAUGUUUUGUGAGGUACUUGUAGAUCUUCAGUAGCCGGUUCUUAAAUAUGAUCUUUGUCUUCUGGGAUGAUAGCAGAACAAGCAGGAGGGUCCUCUCUCUAAGAGCAGAUCAUCAGGUUGGAUGUAUCACUGGGUCAGGGGUUAAAGUGUACAAAUCUAGAAACAUGAUAUAAACAGCUAUCGGUGUGGACAUGAUCAGCUACAAUAUGUAGCCUAUCUUGUCUUAUUGGGUUAUUUACAAGCACAUCACUAUCCACAUAUACCCCCCAUUUUCAAAAAAGGAAUACGUGCUGUUUUUUUUUGCCAAAUGUAAGUGUUUUUGUUAAUCAGCUAAAUGUGUACUCUUCUAGAAUGCUGGAGGUGUGUACAGUGUGAGUGUUGCUAGGUGACUAUUAGGCGUUGUCUGUGUUGUAUUUUUAACCAAACUCGAAAGAACAGGGCCUCUAUCUCUGCAGCUAUAAUCUCACCAUAGCCCUUGUUAAUCUGAAACAUUUACUAAAGUAAUGUAAUUUAACUGAACCUGUAUUUCAGAUUGGGAAGAUACACCAAGUUAUUUUAUUUUAGCAGAAGUGCUUGUUCCAGUUUUGUGUGUGAAUCAUGAAGUACAAAAUGUGAUUGUUACUGUGUGAUUGUUAGUAGGGUAUUCUAUUGAAAUCAGUCAGAUUUAUUUAGAAAUAAAGUAAUUUUUAUAUCAGCAGAUGUCACAAAGUGCUAUACAGAAACCCAUCCUAAAACCCCAAACGGCAAGUAAUGCAGAUGUAGAAGCACAGUGGCUAGGAAAAACUCCCUAGAAAGGCAGGAACCUAGGAAGAAACCUAAAGUGGAACCAGGCUCUGAGGGGUGGCCAGUCCUCUCCUGGCUGUGCUGGGUAGAGAGGAACCAGGCUCUGAGGGGUGGCCAGUCCUCUCCUGGCUGUGCUGGGUAGAGUGGAACCAGGCUCUGAGGGGUGGCCAGUCCUCUUCUGGCUGUGCUGGGUAGAGAGGAACCAGGCUCUGAGGGGUGGCCAGUCCUCUCCUGGCUGUGCUGGGUAGAGUGGAACCAGGCUCUGAGGGGUGGCCAGUCCUCUUCUGGCUGUGCUGGGUAGAGAGGAACCAGGCUCUGAGGGGUGGCCAGUCCUCUCUUGGCUGUGCUGGGUAGAGAGGAACCAGGCUCUGAGGGGUGGCCAGUCCUCUCUUGGCUGUGCUGGGUAGAGAGGAACCAGGCUCUGAGGGGUGGCCAGUCCUCUCCUGGCUGUGCUGGGUAGAGAGGAACCAGGC